AUGGCUGGGGUGGGUGGCGGCGUCUGUGGCGGCGGCUACAAGAACGACGGCGAUGAGGGCGACGAGGGCGUGCUGCAGGCGGCCGUGCAGGUGUUCGCCAAGCUAAAGGAUCUCAAGUGCCCGGUCCUUGAGGGUCUUUAUAUCACAGAACCUACGACCAUUCAGGAACUGCUCUGUAGUCCCUCGAAGUACCGCUUGGAAGUCCUGGAGUGGAUAUGUGUUCGGGUCUGUCCGUCCUGGCAGGACAAGUUCAGCUCGCUAAAGGGGGCCCCAGUCGAGGUGAAGGUCCAAGAGAUGGUGAAACUCGGCCAUGAGCUGAUGCUGUGUGGGCUGGAUGACCAGGAGCUCGUGAAGGGCCGGGCCUGCGCCCAGAAGCAGUUGCACCUCCUGGACCAGCUGCUGGAUGCCGUCCGGAGCCUGACCGUCGGAUACUCCAGCUGCCCCAGUGUGAAGGAGCACUUCGAGGGGACCAGAGAGAAGAACGAGGCACUGCUGGGGGAGCUCUUCUCCGGCCCCCGCCUGCAGACACUCCUGAGCCCAGAGUGUGACCUGUGGCCCCUGGAUAUGCAGCCCCUCCUUGACCAGCAGAGCACUGACUGGCCGAGGGCCAGCCCCCCUGUGCAGCCGGAGGAGGGGAAGGUGACGGAGCUGGCCGGAAAGUUGCGGGAGAGUGCUGCCAAGCUGCAGAUGCUCAGGGCAGAGUGCUUUGCACAGCACAAGCAGGGGGCUGCUGUGAGCACUGCCGGCCCCAGCACCCUGGACCAGAAGCUGCGCCUGGUCAUCUCGGACUUCCACCAGCUCGUCGUGGCUUUUCUUCAAGUCUAUGAUGACGAGCUGGGUGAGUGCUGCCCGCGCCCGGGCCCCUACCUCCACCCGUGCGGCCCCGUCAUCCAGGCCGCGUACCAGACUCUGACGUCGUGCAGCCAACUGUUGAAAGCGGUCAUGGAGGUCACGGACACCUCGGCCAAAGCCGUGGAGAUGGCGAAGCGGCAGCAAGGCGAGCAGAUCUGUUGGGGCAGCAGCAACUCUGUCAUGAGUCUAGCCACCAAAAUGGAAGAACUAACCCAGAAAUACAAGAUCUUCCAUGACAGUCUGCAGAAAGGCAUGGAGUAGGCUGUGAGCAGGAA